ACGACCUUGACAUGACCAGACGUUGAUGUCGCUGUCUUGGGUUAGCGCGCCACGUGAGCCCGCGUGCUCGAAUGUCCAAGCUCCGCGUUUGCCUAGCAGGAAGCACCUCUGCUGCCUCGUCGACGCGCUUAUCACGUCGCCUUUGCCGUCACUCCUUUAGCAAGUAUCGUGCUGUUGUCCAUUGUCACUCCUGCACACUACAGCUGGUACGGGCAGGCAAACACCAUCAUAGCCAUCAUCAACGCACAGAAAGAGCUGGGAGUUGCAAUUCACCGCAAGCAUGGCGGGCAAGGAAGCGACGAUAUACAUUCUUGAUCUCGGCGCGUCAAUGGGCCGGAAACGCCAUGGACGCGACCACACAGAUCUCGACUGGGCUCUGGACUACGUGUGGGACAAGAUCACGACUACAGUAUGCAGACGUUCCUUUGGCGAUCUAGUUGCGACCGGCAGGAAAACGGCGCUAAUGAGCGUCGUUGGAUGUCGCACUGACGAGACAGACCUCAAUGGUGUCAUGGAAGAGGCGGAGGGCUAUGAGAAUAUCACAGUGUUCUCGGAGCUGAAACAAUACCUGUUGGGCGACAUACGGAGACUGCAAGAGAAGCUGAAGCCUAGCAAGACCAACGAUGGAGACUUGGUUUCGGCACUGGCAGUCGCCGUGCAUCUGAUGGACAGCGCAACCCAGAACAAAGCUGGAAAGCCGCUGAAGUAUGACCGUCGCAUCAUCAUCGUGACUGAUGGGAAUGGCGAGAUGGACGGUGACGACUUAGCGGACAUUGCGGCGAAGAUCAAGGAUGUCGAGGCGCCGAUCGAAAUCGUCCUUCUCGGCGUCGACUUUGAUGAUCCUGAUUUUGGCUACAAGGAGGAAGACAAGGAAACCACAAAGGCCGAGAACGAAGAAGUGUUGAAGAGCUUCAUUGAUAACUGUGACGGCAACUUCGGUACCCUCGCCGAGGCCAUUGAGCAGCUGGACAUCCCGCGCCUGAAGCAAACGCGGCCGGUGCCCAGCUACAGAGGCCCGCUCACUCUCGGAGAUGCGGCCAAGUACGAUGCGACACUGACAAUCGACGUCGAACGGUACCCCUGCACAAUGCUUGCCAAACCUCCAACAGCAAGCUCGUUCGUUGUUCGAGGAGAGCUCGGGGCAGCGGGUCCCAGCGACGAACCCUCGAACGGCAUAGUCGGUGAAGACCACCCGAUGAGCGACCUGGCGGCGGUGCGGCACCAGCGAGGGUAUCAGGUCGAGGAUCCAAACGAGCCGGGCGCUAAGAAGAACGUCGACAUGGAAGACCUCGAGAAGGGAUUCGAGUACGGGCGGACGGCAGUGCAUGUUGCAGAGUCUGACAUGAACGUCAUAAAACUCGAAACAAGCGCUGCGUUUGAGAUCAUCGGCUUCAUAAGGGAAGAAGAGUUCGACCGCUUCAUGCCGAUGAGUCGGACAAACUACAUCGUUCCUCAGAAGGGCAACCAACAAGCUCAACUGGCGCUGUCAUCGUUCAUCCACGCGCUCCACGAAGGCGAACUGAACGCCGUGGCUCGCUUCGUCUCCAAGGAGAACAAACCACCCAUCGUCCUCCUCCUGUCACCACGCAUAGAGCCCGACUUCGAAUGUCUCGUCGACGUCGAGCUCCCCUUCGAGGAAGACAUCCGGCGCUACAAGUUCCCGCCGCUCGACCGCAAGCUGACCGUGAGCGGGAAGGUGAUAACCGAGCACCGCGACCUGCCCACCGCGGAUCUUACCUCUGCGAUGGACGCCUACGUCGACGCCAUGGACCUCUCUACUUUCGCCGAGGACGAAGAUGGCAACCCCGACGAAUACGCAAAGCCAGAGGACACCUACGCGCCCCUCGUCCACCGCAUAAACCACAUCAUCCGCUGGCGCGCCACGCACCCCGAUCCCACCCUCCCCAUCCCCGACCCCCCCGCCAUCCUGACAAAAUACUCCACCCCCCCAUCCGACCUCACAGCCCGCACAGCCCGCGCCCUCGCGACUCUGACCACGGCCGCGGACCUCAAGAAAGUCCCCCCCAAAGCCAAAGGCCGCGGAAAGCGCCUGCACAAGGAGCGCGCCACGCCGCUCUCAGGCCUCGACGUAUCCGCGCUCCUCGGCACCCCCUCGUCAACCCUCGACCCCGCGAACCUCGUGCCCUCGUUCAAACAAGCCCUGUCCGCUGCAUCUUCGCUGGCCGAUAUCCAAUCCGCCGCUGACGCCAUGGCGGUGCAUAUCCGCCGGCUCGUAAGAGACAGCGUGGGCGACGCGGCGUAUGGGCAAGCGCUGGAGGCGCUGGGGGUCAUGCGCGAGGAGCUGGCGGAGAUGGAGGAGCCGGAGGUGUGGAACAGUUUUGUGCGGGUGUUCAAGGGGGAGUUGCUGGGGGGCGGGCUGGGCGGGGAGAGGCGCGAGAUGUGGUGGCGGGUAAGGGGGGGGCGGUGUGGGUUGAUUGACCAGCGACUAGCGGUGGUGAGCGAGGUGUCGGAGAAGGAGGCGGAGGCGUUUUACAGGGGGUAG